GUGACCUGGCGCCCGACGGCGUGCUCGGCGCUCCGACCCCCGGCGUGACGCGAGGCUCCGCUCCGGCCGUUUCACUUGCCCACUGCACCACUAGGCGUCACGCUCCUCUGGCCUGACGCGUUCAGAGCCCGGCAAACCCUCGCGGCCUCGCCUCGCUCUUCCAGACCACCCCCACCCGACGCCGCCAUUCCGGCCCCCACCAAUCCUCCUUCGCCGCCGGCUGUCUUUCUCUGCGGCGCAGGGCGGCUCCGGACGGGGAUCGCGGAGGCGAGGGGUAUCUCGAGGUUCUGCGGAGGUUUUUGUGGGGGGUUUUAAGUCCGGGCCGGUUCCCUUCGCGCGCCGCCGCGUGUCGAGGGAGAGGGGGGCAUGGGCAGGGGGAGGAAGAGGCAGGAUAAUGAGACCGCCGAGGAGUGCUGUUUCACUUGUAAGGACGGCGGCGACGACCUCCACGUCUGCGCUUUCAAGAACUGCCUCAAGGUUUAUCACCCAAGGUGUGUUGGAAAAGAAGAUGGUUUUCUUACUUCUGGUGAACAAUUUAUUUGCGGUUCGCACAUUUGUGUUGACUGCAGAAGAAGUUCUGAUUAUCAGUGCCUGUGCUGUCCACUUUACUCAGUUUGCCAUGCUUGCCUUGGAAAAGUGGAAUUUGUGCAACUGAGGAAGCAAAACAAAGGAUUCUGCAGCAUAUGCCUGAACCGGGUUAUCUUGAUCGAGAAGAAUGCUGUUGCUGAUCCUGAUGUGGUAGAGACAGAUCACAUAGAUGCAGAGAUCAGCGAAAUUUUGUUUAAAGACUACUGGGAAGUAAUUAAAGAUAGAGAACAUUUGACAUUGGUUGACCUAGAAGAAGUUAGUGUUUAUCUUAAUAGAAGGCUUAACUGUAAAGAAGGAGUGAAUUCAGAAAAAAUUCCAGAUGAUGGUCACAAGUCAGAUGAAAAUAUAUUGGCUGACAAUGACACCAAUGAUCAAACAAUUCCUUUUGACUCUAAGUGCAAACAGAAUAAAGUGAACACAUCACAGAAGAACAAGUCAAAUAAGAAAACAUAUGUUGGCUGGGGUUCGGCACAACUAAUUGAAUUCUUGUCAAGUUUUGGCAAGGACACUGCAAAACCUCUUGAUGAACUCGAAAUAGUUGGAGUUGUGAAGGGGUACAUUAAACAGAAGAAUCUUUACAAGGAUGAUAAGAAACUUUGUUUCUUGUGUGAUGAUAAGUUGCAACCUCUGUUUACAAGGAGAAAAGUGAAGUGCAAAAAUAUCCCAAGGUUCUUGGCAGUCCAUCUAGCUUCAAAUGCUGUUUCAGAGCAUGAAAUAUCUUAUGGUUCUGAAGAUGAUGAUACCCCAGUUAUGAAAAAGAAACCUCGGAAUAGUCUGCAGCCGAAGAUUGCUAAGAGGGUUCCGGAACAAAGCAAGAAAUGUUUUGCCUCCCUUGUUCAGAAUAACAUCAAUCUAAUCUAUCUGAGAAGAACUUUAGUUGUUAGUCUUUUGAGUCACCUAGACACAUUUGAACGGAAAGUUGUUGGCUGUUUUGUUAGAGUCAAGAUCGCCUACAAGGUGCAGUGCUAUAAAAACUCUACAAAGGCAUUCAUGCUUGGACGAGUAACAGGCAUCAAGAAGUGUUCAGAAGUAUACAAGAUAAAUGAUACACAGACAAAUAUUCUCUUAUGUGUUGCCGGUUUGUGGAAUGAUGUCAAUAUCUCAUCGCUCUCAGAUGAGGACUUUGAAGAGGAUGAAUGCAGUGAUCUUAUUUCUUUAGUUAAGGAAGGACUCCUGGAAAGGGCUACCAUUGCUGAGUUCGAGGAAAAGGUGGCAGCUGUACAUACAGACAUAGUAAAUCAUUGGAUUGAGAGAGAACUUGUGAGACUGGAAAGAAAUAUUGACCGAGCACAUAUGAAAGGGCUACGUGUGGAGUUGGAGGAACUAAUGCACCAAAAAGAGCUGCUAAGUACACCAGCUGAAAGACAGCGUCGACUUGAAGAGGUUCCAGAAAUUAUUCCAGACACAGAAUAUGAAGAAAAGGAAAAUGAACUCGGAGUUGCAGCAAGCAACUCUUCUCGAGAGAAUAGAGGAGCAGCACAGCAAGUAGCUAAUCCUUCAAACGAUCUUGAAGAGGAGCCACUGAAAGGUGCAGCAAAGGAUGUAGUUGAGUGUUCAGAAGUCCUUGAGGAGAAACUACCAGAAGGUGCAAGAGAUCAAGUAACUGAUUCAUUGAACGUUCUGAAUGAAGAAUCAUCAGAAGGUGGCAUACAUCAAAUAGUUGAUUCUUUGAAUGUUUGUAACGGGGAACCACAUAUCGAGAGGAUCGAAGGUGCUACGGAGCAAAUACCAGAUUCUUUGAACAUUCUUAACAAAGGAUCAUCAGAAGUCACAUCGAAGCAAGGUGAUGCUACUCGUGAAGCUCCUUCUGAAGCCUGCUUCAGUGGUGCUACUCUUGAUCCUGCACUGCAAUCUCAAAUGAACGAUACUCAAGAUGAUAACGCAACUCAAGCCAUGGAUGUUGACCAAGAGGAUAGUGACCACUCCCGGCAAGUUGUCAAGACAGAAGUAGAAGUCAUCAAUCUAGAAAGUGAUGAAGAUGAGGAUCUUCCCACGGUGCAAGAUAAGGCAGAAGGCAAAGCGAUGCAUCCUCCAAGGGCCAUGAAUAGUGGCAAUAUUCACAUAGCGCAGUCCGUGUCAGCCUCGCCUGCAACCUUACAUGCUCAGGGAGGCAUGAAUGGGGUUGUUCCCCCCGAGCCAGCACCUGCAACCAUGAAUGGGGUUCCUCAGUCGGAGCUGCUCCGGCCAGCACUGGCAACGGUGAACGGGGUUGUUCCCCCAGAGCAGCACGAGCCGGCACCUGCAACCAUGAAUGGGAUUCUUCAGCCGGAGCUGCGCCAGCCAGCGUCUGCAACGACAAACGGGGCUGUUUCCCCUGAGCAGCACGAGCCAGCACUUGCACCUAUGAAUGGGGUUCUUCACCCGGAGCAGCGCAGGCCAGAGCCAGUGCGUGCAGCCGAGAACAGGGUGUCACCUCAGGCGCUCCUGUGGCAUUACAUUGAUCCACAGGGAGACGCCCGAGGGCCAUUCGCCCUGUUGCACCUGUUGCGCUGGAAACAGAACGGCUUCUUCAGCGAGGGUUUCCGAGUGUGGAGGACGGGGCAGGCGGCCGAGCAGGCUAUCUUGCUCAAUGAUGCCUUCCGGAUGCAUAUGUAGCCUGCUCACCCUCCCUGGAGACUUUUGAUCUGGCUUCCUUUUGCAGCCUGGGCCCUGGACAUGAAACACCUUUGCCCGUUCUCGGGUGCCUUUUGUUACGCCCUGCUGCAAUUCAGUCGGGCAUAUGUGGAUGCAAAUGUUCGCUCUGGGCUGAACGUGCAGCUUGUAGCGGUCAUUUUAUUUCCCUUUUUUUUCCCCGUUUCAUAGACCAGUCUAGUUGGGUCAGCAUAUACUUGUGGUUAAAUUGGUCACAUUUCCAAAAUGAGAAAAGGUUAGACAGUUAAACCGUUUAGCUCUGAGUUGCCUCCUGUAUUCGGGUUUGCUCCACAGAAGGUGCUUAAAGCCUUAUCGUUGUCCCGACUUGCAACGGACGGCGGUGGGCUAUCCAGCAGUACUCCUGAAUUUGCUUCCUCCACACUGCUCGUGAGCUCAGAACGGCAGUUGAUUAGCACGCUUGGGUCCAGCCCAGGGUUAGGCUUUGUUUGGGUAACAAACUAAUUUCACAGUUUUGGAAAUAUACUAGUCCCUCCAUUUUAU